AUUCUGACUGAGAUUGUGAAGGUACAAUUGUACAUUGACACAUCUCACGUAAGUGUGAGAGAGCAUACAUACAUACUCCUACGCCAACAGUGUAAAGCUUGAUAACAGCAAGGGCACAUCGGUACAGCAGCUCAAUCGUAAACCGUAAACCAUAAGGCCAUGUACGAAGCAACACCUAUACUAUGGUUCUUUGCAUUGCCUUUGUUGGUUGGAAGUCAACUCAUAAGGCAGACUGCUGUUGAUCCCAGUGAAUUUCCUUAUCAGGUUUUGAUUAGUGAGUGCGAAGAAGAUCCUAAAUGCGGAGGAGCUGUUAUUUCAAACGGAUUCCUCAUAACAUCAGCUACUUGUGUGCUCGAGUUCGGAGGGAUUCAGAAAUUUCUUCAAGAUGCUGUUCUCUACGGGGGAGGAGCAAGUUUAUUAUUCAACAUCGGAGAGGUUGCGGACGCUUCAAUACAUCCAAAAUACAUGGUUGAUCCAACCACAUAUGAUGUGGCUAUUGUCAAGUACAUUCCUGCAGACAAAGGACCAAAGUUGAAUUCGACUACUCUGAAUGGGACUUGGGAUGACCCACAAGGGUGUGUCUUUUCUUCUUGGUGGUCAGAGCCAGAAAGCAGACUUCCAGUUCGGUUGACAUGGCAACCUGUAUCGCUAUCGGAAUGUUCCCCAUACGAUCCUAAUUCAAUAUGUUUUGCUGAUGACACUACAGAGUUCUUUAAGAAUGACUAUGGUAGUCCAAUCGUUUGUGAAAAUGUUUUGAUGGGAAUCGUUCCUCGAAAUGGUGGAAAGAAAGCAGUCAACCUAACAGCUGAUUAUAACUGGAUCACAACAACAAUCACCGAGCUUUCAGUCACAGUCGUUGAAACAGGAGAUGGGGCAGCGGAAGGAAAUCAACUAUACCUGUUACAAAUACUCCAGAAACUAGAUGUAUUACAAAGAGAACAAGAGUCGAGCACUUCUGAUAAUCUCACACACUGGAACAAUCAAAUCGUGGUUCCUCUUAGCUAUGUUCUCUUUUCUCUCGUUAUUUUCUUUUUUGUUUUACUAUUUUUCCUUGUUUUAUUUACAGUUGUAUUAGUGUAUUAUAGUAGAAAGUAAAUUGUAGAUUUAUUAUCAUCUGUAGCAAACCUUUAUAGCAAAAUACUAA